AAGGAAGGCACGCACGUAUAAGUUCUACGCUUGCCGGGGACUAUGUUUAUUAGAAGUAGUACUUUAAGGUCACAAUAAAUGCGAUCAUACCAGUAAUAUAAAAUUCAAUUUUCGCAAGUUCAAGUUUAAUUUUUUUUAACAGUAUCAAAGUAGGAGAAGUGCAGUUGGUUAUCAGUAAGACUAUUAUCGAUUAAGUUGUUCAGUGUACGGAUAAAAAUGGUACUAUUACCACGGAUUGAUAGUGUUUAUGUUCCAGCCGGAGCAGCCAGUAUAAUCUUCUUCGUGGCUGGUACAACAUGCACUUGGUCAUCUCCAGAGAUCCCUAAACUCGAAGACGCAAGUGAAAAUCCUUUCGGAAGACCCAUCACCCCUUACGAAAUAUCAUGGAUCUCGUCGCUACUAGCUCUUGGAGCCAUCUUUGGUCCUUUCAUGUUCGGCUAUUUGGCAGACAAAAUCGGAAGAAAAAAUACCAUGCUGUGCGUUGGAGUCCCGUUUUUAGUUUCCUAUACAUUAAUGGCAGUGGGAACCGUCGUGGAAAUUUUUUACUUGGCAAGAGCUUUGGCAGGAAUCAGCUUGGGAGGAACAUUUAUAGUCUUGCCAAUGUACUUAAGUGAAAUAGCUGAAAGCAAAAACAGAGGACUCAUUAGUUGUGCAGCCGGGUGUUCUUGCUGCAUGGGACUACUAUUUACAGUGUGUUUUGGACCCUACAAACCAAUCGGGUAUUUUAACGCAGUAAUGGCCAUGCCUCCACUGAUUUUUCUCGUCUUAUUUGGAAUCUUAGGAGUUGAAAGCCCUAUUUACCUUGUGAAGAAGCAACAAAGUGAUAAAGCUGAACUAAUCUUAAAACAUCUAGGAAGAAGUCCGGAGAUGAUAAAAAAGGAUAUUAUAGAAAUGCAAGCGGAAUAUCAAGUGAAGGAAGAACCAUUUAAUACUUUAGACUUUUUCACGUCAAAACCUUUACUAAAAGGAAUCAUUUCUGCUGUGGGCAUUCUGAUCUUUCAACAAUUAUCUGGCAUAAAUGCUAUAAUGUUCUACAGCGAGCAGAUUUUUAGAGAGGCUGGUACUAAGUUGGCACCAACUUAUUGUACAAUGAUUUUAAUAUUUGUGCAAUUUAUUAGCAGCUUUAUAGCUCCGUUUUUAGUAGACAGAAUUGGUCGAAAAGUUUGCCUGGUGAUCUCGGGUGUUGGCAUGGUUCUAACGGAAGGAACACUCGGUCUCUUUUGUUACUUCAAGCACGAACAGUACGACCUCAGCGACAUCACGUGGAUACCAAUAGCGGCCCUAACUACUUUCAUAGUGUUUUUCAAUGUAGGUUUCGGCCCUCUGCCGUGGAUUAUCAUGGCUGAAAUGUUUUCAAAUAAAUAUAAAUCGUUCGCUAUCGGUUUUGUGGCUACAGUCGCAUGGGUGGCUUCGUUUUUGGUGACUAAAUGUUUUGACGUAGCCGUAACCUCCUUCGGUAUGGAUAACGUGUUUUUCUUUUGCGCACUUUGCUGUUUUCUAUCCAUUAUUUUUACUACUAUUUACCUAAUCGAGACUAAGGGUAAAAGUUUGCAGGAAAUACAGGAACUUUUAAGUAAAUAGUGGAAUAUAUUAACUUGGGGAAAAAUUAUUCAUUUGUCAUCAUAUUUAAAGCUGUAAAAAGAAGUAUAUAAAUACCAAAAAAAAUGCUUCUCAGUUGUGCUUGUAUUUAUUCAGCAUUGUUGUUCCAAUAUAGCAGCCGUAUAUGCUCAGAAAACACUUAUGUGCUUGAAUAAUUCAAGACAGGAUAAACAUAUUUCUAAUAUCAAAAACGGAAAUUCCGGAUAUGGUAAUUAUUCUUUGGGUUAACAUUAAGUUUGAUUCAACAGCAACAAAGAACUGUUCUGAAUUUGUGUGUUUCAACGAAAAUUUAAAAUAAAUUUUAUAACACACCGUUGUUCAAACUGAAAAUUGAAUCAGUAAUGACCGAGAAUUGUUGGUUCUGACAUGUACACAGCGUCUUCAUUCACGUGGUUCUUUCAUUUUUUUGGGCUACAAUCCUGCAGUCGUAUGUAUGUAUUGUGAAUAAGCGGUAUUGUUUUGCAGUGUACACUAUUUUUUUGUCACUAAUAAAUGGAAAAAUCCAGCUAGAAAUCAUAGAUAAAAAAAAUAACAAAGAAGAAGCGACCGUUGGGAUCUAACAGUUGGAGAUUGACCUUUGCAACAUAAAGUGAGUUCAGAAGUCAAUAAAUUAUCGAGUGAGCUCAGAAACAGUCCAUUAGUAAGUUGCGAACGAUUUGAAAUUAUUUAUUAGAACGUACUUAUUAAAAUUCAUACCUAUCAGAUACUACCUGAAAAUCGGUUGACCAGCGGCGCAUAUACGGUGGAGAGGGAUGUAAUUCCUCCCCCAAUAAUUUUUACACCUAACUUUUUAUAGGUACUAAAUAUAUAUUAUUAUCAGAAAUAAUGUCUUAAAUAUUACCACUAACUCUACAGACUUAAACUCUGGAUGCGUCACUGCAGUUGAUAGUUGUGUCAUGUUCAAAGUUUGAUAACUUCGAAUUUUGCCAUUCAAAAUAUCACCUUUUUUGCAGAAAUAAGGGACAUAAAGAUUGGAAAUGCUCAUAAUAAGCCCAUGCUUAACAACGACCAUCUCUAACGCAAUUAUCAUCUGACCCACUAUGUGGCACUAAUAUCGUUAUCAAACAAAUACCAUAGCGGGAAAUUUAAAAACGUUCCUAAUAUUUGCUUUUUUAACCGACUUCAAAAAGGAGGAGGUUCUCAAUUCGUCGUAAUAUUUUUUUUGUUCAUAACGAUAUAGGUAUUAGUUUUUUUUUAUUAAUUUUGACGUUUGACAAAAAUGGUAUCACUAGUAACAUAUUCUAUGCUAUUAUUGAAUACUGAUAUUUAAUAAAGAAUAUUUUAAAGUGUAAAUAGUAGGUAAUAAAACUCUUAUCAUUAUUAUGAAUGUAUUAAUAAUAUAGUGCAUUAUUGUUAUUAAUUUAUAACUAGAUAUUAAGUACCUAUAUUUAUGUAUAUUUAUAUUUUUUAUUGGUGGCUUCGGAUUCGACAACUUAGGCCAUUGGCCUCGUGUUUUGUGUAGGUUACGAAGUGAUAGUACUCUAUACUCCAAAUUGUAGGCAUUGCUACUAGUUCCUAGCGCCACUUUGGGUACAUCAUUUUUAAUUAGAACCCAACAGUGAAUGGUCGAGUGGAAAAUCCUGUACUUUAAAAUUAAUUUAUAAUUAAUUAAAUUGAUUAGAAAAAAUCACUUUGAUUCGAACUUAGAACUGUUGGACUCGCAAGUCUAGACUUUUACGACUGAGCCACCCACCCUCUAUGUAUAUUUAUUUAAAAAUAUUUUAUAUAAAAAAAAAACUGUGAUACUAACGUUAGGUACUUUAUCUUAAUGAAUAGCCUUAGUUAUUUCCUAUACCUGUUUGUUUUUACUAAAAAAUCACGCAAGAAUUAAAUAUAUUUAUCUAGUCUCUGUUAGACCAUUAUUAGGAUAUUAAAUAUACAAAACAAACAAAAAAUACAAAACAUGAACGUUUUUUGAAGAAAUAUAAUGUAAUGAGAAUACCUUUUUCUGUAUUUUACUGAUAAAUUGUAUAAAUUAAAAUGAGGUAG